AUGCUUUUACGUGUUGUGCCUUGGUUUUGCCUCUCCGUCAGGCUCGAACACGCCAAAACAGACCAAAGUUCGGCCUCAGUUGCUAGCGAGAUGGUAACCAAAGGUCUAAAGAAGAAGGCUGGCGCGGACAAGGGCAAGAAAGGUGUUGCGAAAUACACCAUCGACUGUGAGCAACCGGCCUCUGACAACAUCAUUGAGACCAAGGACUUCGAGAAGUUCCUGCUUGGCCGCAUCAAGGUGGAUGGCAAGACGGGAAACUUGGGAGACAAGGUGAGCAUCAGCAGGGAGAAGUCAAAGGUCCAUGUUACCGUGGAGGCACCUUUCUCCAAGCGAUAUCUGAAGUACUUGGGCAAGAAGUACCUGAAGUCACAGCAGCUGCGGGAUUUCCUGCGCAUCGUCGCUCCUACCAAGACCUCCUACCAGAUGCGCUACUUCAACAUCAAUGAUGACAAGGACGAAGAGGAGUGA